CGAGCUCUGGAGGGAGGUUUGCAGUCACAUCAGGCAGAGGAGCUUCACUUUGGAAAGACGUGCCUUUUAUUUUCUACUGGUGUCGAUUGAGAAAACACGUUUGAGCAUGAAGCUGAUUCUUUUGCUCGUCCUCUCCUGUCUGGCAUUACAUAACGCAAAGGGAGCGCCCACGACUGGCAGGUACAUGUUGGUCAAAUGCAGCCCCAAAGACACCAACGCCAACUGCGUGACCUACCGAAGUUCUGAGAUAGCGCUGACCCCAGACCUGCCCACCCAGCUGCCUGCUUCCAGCGCAAAGCACCUAGAGGUGGUGCCUGUGCAGGAUGAGCAUCCAGACAUGGAGGAGGGCGAGCUAGAGGCGAGAGAGGUCAGUGACGAGGGGGAGUCGCCUUACCCCCUGUAUGAGUACGGUUCUGGUCUGGAAGGCUCCACAGACGAAGGCGGCUACUACGCCGAUCAGGCUUUCGUCAACACUGGAAGUGACACGGGCUCCGGGGAGAGCAACAUGGACCUGUUCAAAGGAGAGGAAAAGAGCAGCUGGCCAGUGGCUGAUGAGCCCAAGGCAGCAGAGGAGGACCUGAUGGAAGACCACCUUCUGCAGAUGUAGACUGGACACGCACACAGACACACACACAGCACGUUUUAUGGCAAUAAUUGAAACCGUAAAUUUAGUAUUAGGUCGCCAUCUAGUGGUGGGAAACUGCGGUUGCUCAGAGACUGGCCGAGCCCAAGUGUAGGUUUAAUGUUGUUACUCAUGAAUAAAGCCAAAGGACAAGCAGCUGCCACCGGCUGCUCUGCACACGUAAACAUUUCAAUGGCAUGUUAGUCGGCAGCGCCCUUUAAUUGUGCUUUCUUGUGUAAAAAUGUGGAAGUUGUAAAAUGCUUAUUAAUAUAAAACUUAAAUGUGCUUUCAAAUAAAUGUAAUUUCUGUGCAAUAAGAUGAUGCCAUCGUCUCGUGACGCAUUUCUCUCUGCAGCUGUAGCUUCUUUAGGGAACAUAAAAAUACCUAUUUAUAUUAUUUGAUCCCUUUGUAUUGUACUUUGUGCCACAUAUUCAGGAGGACCAUGCACCCUAUAUUGGCGCCUCUUGUCUGAACCCGCGUGAACUGGAACCUUACACACAAUUAUGCAAAUGCAGUUCAACAUAACCUGAGUUGUCCAAUAUGCAUUGAAUCACUUCAAUGAAUAAAGGAUUUAUAAUAACAACA